UGCUGUCAAAAUUGAUUUCAUUUCCAUUCCAUUCAAAUUCGAUAUUCUCUGCUACACAAUUAUUCAUGAAUUUUAUAUAAAUAUUUUAAUUUUAUUAGUGCAGUUCGUAGACAAAUUAGCAAUAUAUAUUAUAUUUAUUACCUGUUUACCAUUAGUCUGUUUCAAAUUAGGUCACAACAUGAGCACUACAAAUCGUAGAAGAGGCCGUACCGACGGUCAAGGUGACGUCCAGGUCCCUUUAGUUUCCUCCACAACCUGUGCUCCUUACCGAACCAUCAUACAACCAAGAAUAAACAACAUAAGAGUUAACUGUGUUGGACUAUUCUAUCCGCUUCCUGAUUCCUUCCAAAAAAUAAUAACUCCUCAAACCACCAGUAUAUCAACAUCCAAAGCCAUAUUUUUAGUUGUUUUAAUAUUUGUAGCAUCAUUAUUGAUUUUAGUACUGUUAAGUAAACAAUUUCCCAACUUUGAAGACCAUGAAAAACAGCAUAUAAAACUACCCCUGAAUCUUGAAGAUGCCAAGCAUUUAGGUCUUGUGUUAGACCUAUAUAAGGAUAAAUAUUUUUUUCAAGUAUUAUCUGGAGUGUGUUUAGUUUAUAUAUUUUUGCAAACAUUUGCAAUACCCGGUUCUAUAUUCCUCAGUAUCCUAUCUGGGUUCCUGUUCCCUUUUUAUUUAGCUUUACUUUUAAUUUGUUGCUGCUCGGCAAUUGGAGCAAGUUUAUGUUUCUUUUUGUCGCAUCUCCUUGGGAAAAGGUUGAUAGCCCGAUUUUAUCCUGCUAAGGCCGCACAAUGGGCAGCAGUAGUCCAAAGGCACAAGAAUAAUUUGCUCAAUUAUAUAAUAUUUUUAAGAGUGACACCAUUUUUACCAAACUGGUUUAUCAAUUUGACGGCACCAGUGAUUGGUGUGCCACUAGUGCCAUUUGCUUUAGGAACAUUUAUAGGUGUUGCCCCACCAUCUUUUGUAGCCAUUCAAGCAGGUCAGACUUUACAUACUCUGACCUCCACUAGUGAUGCAUGGUCUUGGACAUCCAUCAUUGUUCUGACUGCUUUUGCAGUCAUCUCAUUAGUGCCAGUAUUAUUGAAGGAUAAGCUUAAACAGAAGUUCGAUUAAAAACUGUGUUAUUAGAUGGGUUUUAGCAUAUUUAAUAUAUUAAAUAUAGCAUUUAUUUAUGAUAAAUAAAUUGGUGUUUUGUACAUUCCAA